AUGCAUGGUGAUGGAGCAAAUUUUGUUUCACAAGUGGUAGAAUAUGCUGGCGGUUCUCAACAAAAUGACGAUUGGAGUUGUAAAUUAGAUCCUUCUCCGUAUGGUUCUUAUCCCAACACUUAUGGCAUUUAUAAAUGUACUUUAAAUUGGAUUAAUGUGGUAGAACUUACGUCUUAUCUUACUUCAAAAAAUAUUGCAAGAAAAUGCAAUCUGAAUGAAGUGCAAAAAGGAGAUUUGAUAAUGUAUACGUCACAAAAUGGUAAAGGUCAUCAGAGUGUUGUAGUUAUUGGACCUGAUCCUGAAAAUCCUCAAAUAGCUUAUCAUAGUCGUGAUCAAUCGUUUUGCAAUGGACAGCCAUGUGACAACUGUAGUGGCUUUCAUUCUUUAUUUAUUGAAAGUAAAUAUACUUUUCAUGCUUUAUGCAUGAAUUAA